AUGUUGACACUGCCAUUCGAGGAAGCGCAUAUGAUGUGUGAACCCCGCUUCGGCGCCAACUUCCCGCGUGAGGAGGACAUGAGAGACAUGAGGGACGUGGACUGUGACGCGUCUUCAGACCGCGAUGAGGACGAGCGCGAGUUCGAUCAGGACGAGGACGGUCUGCCCAAAAAGAGGGGUCCACGGAAGAAAAAGGGGAAGGAACAGAUGGACCGGGCCAAGAUGCGGAGACAAGAAGCCAACGCCCGGGAGCGCUCCAGGAUGCAUGGCCUCAAUGCUGCGCUCGAGAGCCUGCGUAAAGUAGUGCCAUGCUACUCCAAAACUCAGAAACUGUCCAAGAUUGAGACUCUGAGACUGGCCAAGAACUACAUCUGGGCCCUGUCCGAGACGCUGAGUGCGGGGAAGAGGCCGGACCUGCUCGCCUUCGUUCAGACUCUGUGUAAAGGACUGUCCCAGCCCACCACCAACCUCGUGGCUGGCUGUUUGCAACUGAACGCCCGGAACUUCCUCACUGACCACAACGGCGAGGUGAUGUUCAGCGGGCGGUCUCCGUAUGACACCAUGUACUCAUACCCCAGCACGGACACCCCCAGCGGAAGUGGUGUGGACAGCGGCAAAGCAUUCCGUCACUAUGGCUACAGCAGCACGUACGAGCCCUACUACGACAACGCGUCCUCGGAAAGCGGUGGCAGUCCUCAUUUUGACCCGCAGCUCAGUCCUCCCUUAAACUUCAACGGGAUUUUCUCUCUCAAACACGACGAGCCGCCGGAUUACGGCAAGAGCCACGCUUCUGCCGCUUCCCACUAUGGGGCUAUGCGUUACUGCGGUGCGCCAGGACGCACGACUUUGACGCACAACUCCAUGUACAGAGUCUCACCGGAGGCACGCUUUCCCUACGACCUCCACAUGCGCAGCCAGUCUUUCCAGUCGCAGGGGGAGGUCAACGGGUCAUAUCACAAUUAA